UGUAAGUUAUCUGUGCGCUUUCGUGGUUGCUUCAAAUAAACCCAUUUUUUAAUAAAUAAAAUAAGGUAAAAGCGUUGUUUUCUAAACAUUUGUUGUUUGAAUUAUACUGUGGUAAAAAUGUUUAAUUUAUUCCUUAUGCUACUUGUUAUAAGAGCGUGUUUAUGCGAUCAUCACAACCGAACCAAUCAGUUACCAGACAGAUCGACCAUAGUUCAUUUGUUUGAGUGGAAAUGGAAAGAUAUUGCAGAUGAAUGCGAGAGAUUUCUGGCUCCAAAAGGCUACGGAGGCGUACAGAUUUCCCCACCAUCGGAAAAUGUGAUUAUUCAUUUGGCAAACGGAAAGCGAACAUGGUACGAACGUUACCAAGUCAUGUCAUACAAAUUGAAGACCAGAUCUGGGGACAGAGAUGACUUUCUAAAUAUGACCACAAGGUGUAACAAGGUUGGCAUCAGAAUUUAUGCUGAUGUAGUAUUCAAUCAUAUGACCGGUGACCACAAAGGAGAUAAAGGUACAGGGGGCAGCACUGCCGACUUUCCAAACUAUUCCUACCCCGCAGUACCUUAUACUAGAGAACAUUUUCACUCCCCACAUUGUAUUAUUAAUAAUUACUACGACGUUAAUCAGGUUAGAAAUUGUCAACUCCUGGGACUUAAAGACUUGAACCAAACAAUGGAGUAUGUACGACAGCGCAUAAUACGAUACGCCAAUAAACUAAUUGAAUACGGUGUUGCUGGCAUCAGAGUGGACGCAGCAAAACACAUGUGGCCAAAAGAUCUCCGUGAGAUUUAUAGGAGGCUCCGCACCCUUAAUACUGAUUACGGUUUCCCGCCAAACACAAAGCCUUACAUCUACCAAGAGGUCAUUUAUUUUGGUAACGAACCAAUAAAACUCGAAGAAUAUACACCUUUAGGUGACGUUACUGAAUUCAGAGUCGGUUCCGAACUUCAGAACGUUUUUCGAGGCCGUAACGCGCUCAAAUGGCUGAUAUCUUGGGGGGAACAAUGGGGCCUAUCACAGAGUGACACCGCGCUAACUUUUAUUGACAAUCAUGAUACACAGCGGAGUGGGAACGUAUUGACGUACAAGGAAUCGAGACCUUACAAGGCCGCUGUAGCGUUUAUUUUGGCGCAUCCGUACGGAGAGCCCCGAAUAAUGAGCAGCUAUGCAUUCGACAGCGCUGAUCAAGGACCGCCUAAUGACGACAAAGAAAACAUAAUUACUCCGAGCAUUAACGAGGAUGACACUUGCGGUAACGGGUGGGUGUGUGAACAUCGCUGGCGUCAAAUCUAUCAAAUGGUUGCCUUCAGGAACGCGGUGAAGUAUACUACGGUAGAAAACUGGUGGGACAAUGGCAGCUGUCAGAUUGCUUUCAGCAGAGGUGAAAAGGGAUUUAUAGUAUUCAAUGGAGAAGCUUAUCCACUGAAUGUUACCCUAAAGACUGGAUUACCAAAAGGUGAAUACUGUGACGUGAUAACUGGUAAAAGACAAAGUGAUGGUUGUACUGGGGCUAAAGUAAAAGUUGACGAUAAAGGACUAGCACAUAUUUAUAUUUCUAACAAUGCUGAAGACAUGCAUUUGGCCAUCCAUAUUGGGAAUGAGUCAAGAAUAUUUUGAAUAUAAACAUUAGAAUAUAAUAAAGUCAUUUAACUAAAUGUUGAGAACCGAAUAUAAAUUGAAUGGAAUUGUUUUCGUUGGCCAUCAGAUCUAAUUAAUCGAUUCAUAAAAUAAAUAAAAUUGGUCGAAUA